AUGUAUUUUACUCGUUUUUUACGUACACAUAAAUCAUUAGCACAUAUUGUUGAUCAUUAUGCGAAAUAUGCACCAACUGGAUUAACAAUGAAAAGAAUUGUCGAAUUUGCACGUGAAGGUGAUGCUAAACAAUCAUUUUUAUUUCUUCGGAAUGAAUUACCAGUUCGACUUGCAUCAAUGAUGAAAGAAAUGGCACAUCUACCUCCACGUCUUCUUCAAAUGCCAAGUUUUAAAACAGUUAAUGGAUGGUAUGGAGCAAGUUUAACUGAACUACAUUCAUUUAAAGGUUUACAACCAACUGAUGAUACUGUUAAAAAAUUUACUGAAGUUUUACAAAAUAUACGAAGAAGACAUACAACUGUUGUUGAAACAUUAUCACAAGGUUAUAUGGAAUUCUCCGAUUUUGGACAUGUACAAGAAUAUGAAGAAUCACAAAUACAAUAUUUUCUUAAUAGAUUUUAUUUAUCUCGAAUAUCAAUUCGCUUACUCAUCUAUCAACACACAAUGUGUUUUGGUGAAGAAGUACCUAUACAUCCUUCGCAUCUUGGUUUUGUUGAUCCUACUUGUUAUGUAGAAGAAGUUAUUAAUAAUGCAUUCGAAAAUGCUCAAUUUUUAUGUGACAGUUAUUAUUUAAAAUCUCCUACCUUAGAUCUUCGGAGUAUAAAUGCAAUUAAUCCCGAUGAACCCAUUGCAAUACCGUAUGUUUCAUCACAUCUAUAUCAUGUUAUGUUUGAAUUAUUCAAAAAUUCCAUGCGCGCAACUGUAGAAUAUAUCGAAAGUAAAAAGACAGAUAGUACAUUACCAGCAAUAAAAGUUGAUAUUGUUAAAGCAAAAGAAGAUUUAACUAUUCGUAUAAGUGAUCGUGGUGGUGGUAUUCCUCGUUCAAAAGCUGAUACAAUUUUUAGAUAUAUGUAUUCAACUGCACCAAGACCUGUGUCAUUAAAUGAUGCUCAACAUUCAGGUCCAAUUCCAUUAGCAGGCUUCGGUUAUGGUCUUCCAAUAAGUCGACUUUAUGCACGAUAUUUUAAUGGUGAUAUGGAAAUUCAUUCCAUUGAUGGUUAUGGUACUGAUGCUUAUGUUUAUCUUCAAGCCGUUGAAGAUCAAGCUAGUGAAUGGUUACCAAUAUGUAAUCGAGCUUCUCAUGAAUAUUACAAUUCAAGAAGAUUACAACCAGAUUGGACAAAAAAGAAAUAA